GCGCUGGACGUUUUUUCCUGUGAAGAAGUUGGUGACAGCCACGGAAGCUCGCGAGGAAGAGGCACUAGCUUCAGCGGUGUAAGAUCGUAUUUUAUUGAAACCAAAAUAUUUUUGGGGGAAAUUGACCUAGCCGAAAUGACGACAGACAAGAGUGGCUUACUUGAAACCAAGAGUGCAUAAAAUUUAAAGUAUAAAAUCCCGUCUUUUUAGAAUAUUCCAUUGAAUCUGUGAAAAAUCCGAUGGGAACUGACACGAGGAAAGAUCACAGCGGCUACACCGGGCUAGGCUAGCAGUAGCAUGCUAACGCUCGCUAAGCUAACUAGCGAGUCUGACCUGUCAGUCUCGGUGGGGAAAAGUUAACUUCGUCUGUUGAAGUGAUUUUCUUUUGAAAACCAAGUACUGGAAAUAACUGUCAUGUUAAAUUAAUCUGGAACGAAGCCAAAGGUUGUUAUGGAGCAGCCACCUGGGAGCUUGGAGGAUCUACAGCAUCAAGAUGUCUCUCCCUCCAUUAUCCCCGGCGUAAUUGACUUGACCAGGAAGGAGGGAGAAUGCCUCCACAGCUCGCCGUCUCUCGAUGCCCUGCGGAGGGUCAAGGGCUCCGGCUGGGCCCCGAACUCUGGAGCCUCCAUCCACGCAUUACAGUUCCCGGAGACCGGCUCCCCGGAUGUCACGGUCCGAUCGGGGGAUCAAAUUCAGCCAGACAAUGCCUUAUCCCACACUACAGUCACGCUGUCCUACGUGAGCAGGUCUCACGUCUUCUCCACUCACAACUCUCCUGUGUACAGCGUGUCGCCCGUCAGGUUCUCCCUCCAGCCUCACUGCAACGCGGACAACAGGGGCACCGGCUAUGCGCUCAACCACCGCUACCCGGAGCGGGAAGAGGAGGCCGUGAACCCCGUCUCGCGGACGGAGCCGUUUCCCUCCUUUUUGCAGCCUCAACUGGGACCCGAGGAGGACGCGAGAGAGUACUGUGUGCAAGAGCCUCCAGAGUUCAACGGAGGAGUCCCUUCCGCCGACGCGUACGAAGAAGAGCCACCGGGGGAGGAAGAGAAGCGCAGCGGUCUUCCUGAAAACGGAGACCGCAUGGAGGACGGCCAGCGUGGCGGCAGUGAACCCUUCCCUGGAAGUUCUCCGGGCCGACGAGGGAGGGACCUCCGACGUGCUUCUCGUCGAGAUUAAGAAACGGGACCAAGCAGAUCUGUGCUCGGCGAGCAGGGAGUACAAGAGUCCUCUGGAGGAUCCCGUCUCCCCACCCUCUACCUCAGUAGGCGACGCGGAGGACGUGUUCCUCCUUCCCCAGGCCUCCAGCUCCCCCAGCGGAGAUGGCUUCUGCCCGGAGGCUGCUGACGAUGCUCUGCCCGACACGCUGAGUACCGGCGGAGCCCCCCGGGAGAGCGUGGCGCUCGGUGACCGCCCCGCAAGGGCAGAGUCCAGCGACGACCGUAAACGCUCAUCCCAUAGGCGGAAGGCCGUAUUGCAACCAAUGACUGACUUGCCUGAUGAGCCUCGCGUGUCGGGCGACCCGGAGGACAGAACCGCCGGCGCUGCGCCUCACGUUAACGGGAACGCCAACGUGCUGGAAAGGACUAUAAAAGAACGGAAGCUGCCCAUGCGCUCUGGUCGAGGGACUCGGCUGGAGGCGAUAGUCAUGAAUAUAAACUCGAGUCGCUAUAGAGUGUCGGGCUGCAUACUCGCCAAUAAGAAACCCAGUGCCUCCCAGCCACCGGCGCAUCAGUCUGCCUUCCCCAGCUCCCAGAGGAAGAAAGGCCGUGCCAAGCCCUCGCUGUCACAGAGAACCGUCAAACGAAAAGCUGCGAAUGGGAACAAAGGUAAACCCGCUGAUGCCCAAACUAACGAUGACUCUACCUCUCUUUCUGGUCUCCACGACUCAGAAAAGGCAGGCGGCAGCACCCCUGCUAAAAGACCCCGAUGUGCGCGGCAAAGCAGACCACCUCGGAGUCGCCCCGUGAAGUCCAAGACAAAACCCCCGACCCGGCCCGGCGCACACCCACCCGCACACCACAACUCGAAGAGGAAGCCGCAGCGGCUCCCCGUGCCCGGACCCUCAGCGGAGAUCAAGGCACCCAAAACGCCGCCGCCCCUUCCGCCGGCACCCAAAUCUCCACAGACCAGCCGGGGAGACGUCAAAAGCAAGUCCCCUGGGAGCAAAGCGCCCCCCGCCCAGAACUCAAAGGCGCCCCGCGCCCCAAGGCGGAGGCGAAAGAAGCCCAAACGCUGCCAGCCCUCCUCCAUGUUCUCCCCAAACGAGCCUGAGAUCAAGCUCAAGUAUGCCAGCUACAAGGAGGAAAAGAAGGACCUCAGGUCGGACAGUUUCUCUCCGUUUGUCCGUGUCAAGCGUCAGCAGCCGCUCCCUGCUCUGUGCACCAUAAUCAACUACGCCGAGGAGGGGAAGGCGCCACCCAGGAAGCAGCAGCAGGCCCACUCCAGCCGCUUCGUCUCCGCCGCCGUGCCCAGCACCUCCUGCCUGCGGCUGGGCCGGCCGUCCAAGCACAGCCGGCUCCAGCGCGCCCUGGUCUGCUGCCUGUGUGGCCGCUCGGCCAACUCCGUUGACCUGGGGGACCUCCACGGGCCCUACUACCCCGAGGGGUACCGGCCCAACCCCAAAGCCCCGGCCCACGAGUCGGGUCUCAAGGAGGACGAGGAAGACUCCAGCGACUCGGACUCUUCCUCCAGCAUCCUGAAAGCCAGACGCUGGGCCUGCGGCCCGGGAGCGCCGCUGAAGCAGCAGGGGCCCCCGGGGAGCCGCAGGUGGGCCAGCGGCAGGACCGGCAGCCCGGCCGCCAAGAGGGCCCGACCGGACGGUGGCCUCGCGGACGCCGAGGACUGGUACAGCCCGCCCGUGCUGCCCGCCGAGCCGUGCGAAUACUGGCUCCACGAGGACUGCGGCGUCUGGUCGGCAGGCGUGUUCCUGGUCAAAGGCAAAGUUUACGGGCUGGAGGAGGCCGUCAAGGUGGCUCAGCAGACGAUGUGUUCGGCGUGCCACAACCCAGGAGCUACGCUGGGCUGCUUCUUCAAAGGCUGCCCCAACAAGUACCACUACAGGUGUGCUCUGGAGUCAGACUGUGUACUCGUAGAGGAAAAUUUCUCCAUGAAGUGUAGGAAGCACAAGAACAAGACGCUGAAGGCACCUCCAGGGAGUCGAUGGCACGACAGGUGACAGUUUCCACAGACCUCAUGAGAAUCCUGAAGGCGUCUACCAGUAACACGCCAACGGUGGACCAGGGGUUCCCCCGACUGACCGCUAGCACCCACCAACCUUAUGGACACCAUCUGUCCCUCAGCGCGACUGUUAAGCUGGAGCCCCCCCCCCACCCACCUGUGGACAGCAGGAACAUUACAGAGCAGCACCCUGAAUUUGUUGUUUGCCUGCUUAUUUAUACGGGAUUGUUCUUUUUGCUCAGAUCAAUUUGAAUAUUAAUCAAAGAUAUUUAAUUUUUUAAAGAUUUUCUAAGUAUUUGAUUAUAUUUAGUUUUAUUUAUUCCUGAACUUUUUUUUCUCAUGGGCUUCUUCAGCGGUUUGUCAGAGAGGCUUAUUUGUUUGUGUGUUUGUUUGUUUUUUUCCUGUGAGAGUGACCGCGUGUGGUUUUUAUUUAGCUAUUGAAAGGUUCUGGUGAAGCAUUUUUUUUUUUUAUGUUCUUCAGCCAGUCAAGGAGAUUCUUACGCGUUUUAUUCCAGUAUGGGACAGAAGCGAGCGCGGUGGAGUUAAGCUGCCGGGCUCCCAGAGCAAACCAUCCGAGUGGGCGUGGGCUGCCAUGACAGAGCCGUGGCUAUUCAACACCGUGGAGCAGCAGGGACUCUGCUGGGAGCAGAACGGCACAACAUAUCCAGCGUUUAAUAAUGCUGCGACAUGUAUAUCAACUUUAAAGGCGUUACAUUAAAUUGAGUAAACAUGCUGUACGUGUCGUACAUGGGCCGGUAGAUUAUUAGGAGGCUAACGAGCUGCUAUUCAUUUAAGGGAUACUUCCCAUUUUUAGCAAAGAAAUAGUUCCCAUCCUUGUAUUACAGUGGGUUUUAUAAAAAGUAAAGGGAGGCUACCAGCUUAGUCGGUCAGGUUCCUCUUGCAGGGCGAUUUUUAGUGUUUUUUUUAUUGUUUUUUUUAAAGGACUCCAACUGUUCCCAUGGUAUGCAACGCUACGUUAGCGGACGCUAAACGUCUAUACUGUCACGGGCAGCUUUUGCUUAGCUUCUUCUCUUUUCUCAGCGGAAAAGCACGUUCUGGUCAAGUCAGAUUGACGUUUUCUGAAGCUGCCGGCUGAGUCGGACCGCCUAGUCUGCCGCGGUCUGUGGGUGAACUCCAAGUUCAGCCGGAGUGGAGGUAGCUUUCGCUUGGAAGCUAGCCUGGUGGACUCCCGAUCAGCUGACUGGAUGUGUGACGGUCAGUACCGUCCUGUAACAUCCACCGUGGUUACGUGGAUGUAAAACGGAGACGCUUUUAACGGCGGUCUCCGGUUAGUUUGGAGGUUGAAGAUAUCCACUAAUGUAGACCUGGAUCCCCUGGAUGUGACCAUGUUCAGGUUUAGUUGUUGCUACAACUGACCUUUUAACUAGUUGGUAGACUCCCCCAGCUCUGAGCAUUUCUAAAGCUUCCUACAAACUUACAGCAACGUGCCGCCGUCUGCCUGCUACAGAUAAAGUCCUAAAACAUCCAGUUGACCGGUUAGUUAGUCGGGCCGUCUGCUCCGGCAGCAGCGUGUAGCAGCAGAUGCUAAGUUGGACCGGCGAUAACUCGGCUCACUCUGGCACUUUCAGCACCGCUACCAUGUCCGCCCAUGCCUUGAGACGACACAAGCAGUACUGGCAGCACACUGGACCUUCAGUGAUGGAGCUCCGGUUCUGCCCUCGUGUGUGUGUGUGUGUGUGUGUGUGUGUGUGUGUGUGUGUGUGUGUGUGUGUGUGUGUGUGUGUGUGUGUGUGUGUGGUAACAGGAAGCACUCCGUUCUGCUCUGCGGCACCGGUCAGCCCACUGCGCUCCACGCCCUCUCGUUGGCUCUUUGAAGCUCGUUCGUUACCCUUUUCACUUUAAAGAAACAUCAUCGAUGUAUUAGUGAUGAUUUUCUUCUUUUUUUUA